AUCAAACACCAAACGCCAUCGCACGCGACCGCGCCUCCACCUUUACCCACGAAGAUAACCAGCCGUCUACCCCAGCCCAGCUUGCAAGAUGGGUGACCCGCAGUAUGCCAAGUUCCCCGACCUCCAGCUGUCGCAGCACAUCUUCCAGCUCACGAAUCCCGCCGCCUCCAAGUCGGCCAAACAAGUCUCGCUCAAGUCGGUCCAAGAUGCCAUCACCGAGCACAAGAUGGCGCCCCUCUACCGGUACCUGGCUCAUCCAGCAGACGGCGCCUUGAAUGCAACAGGCGAAGGCAGCACAGAGCAGCCGACUAGCCACCGAAGACCUUCCGCAAGCCUGGCCAAUAUGCUCGCCACAAGGAACCCGUCAUUAGAGGUACCGCUGGCAUGGGAUGAAAAGCUUUAUGAGAGCUUGAAGGCAGAAAACGAGAAGGAGCUAGAGGCUAUACAAAAGGAAGAGGACGAGGCGUCGGAGAAGGCAGGCGAGACGGAGGUGCAGGCAGCGCGAGGCAAGCGGGCAGAGUUAUACAACCGCAUAGGUGACAAGGACAAAGCCAUCGCGAGCUACGAGGCCAUCUUCGAGAAGACGGGCAUCCUAGGCACCAAGAUUGACCUCGUUCUCGCCAUAAUACGUGUUGCGCUUUUCUUUGGGGACAGGAUACUGGCAAAGAAGUCGAUUGAUCGAGCAAGUGCACUGAUCGAGAGCGGCGGUGACUGGGACCGUCGAAAUCGCCUCAAGGCUUACACUGGAUUACAUUACCUCACUGUUCGAUCACACGCACAAGCCGCCCCGCUACUCCUGGACAGCUUGUCAACCUUUACUAGCUACGAGCUAUGUAGCUACUCGAACCUGGUCGUAUACGCCAUUCUCGCUGGCUCGGUGUCACUCAAGCGUGUUGACUUCAAGUCCAAGGUGGUGGAUGCACCCGAGAUCAAGGCUAUCGUUGGAACCUCUGAAGAGAGGUUGUCAGCAAUUUCCGGACACACAUCAGCAGGCCCCGCCGCCGGCGACGAGGAAAUGGGCGACGUCUCAAGCUCGACGGCAACACCUAUCGCAGCGGCCGUCAACCUCACGACGCUUGGCGGACAGCAAGACAAGGAAGUAGCCGUUGACUUCUCGCCGCUCGCCAAAUUGGUCAAGAGCUUGUACGAGGGUGACUACAAGAGCUUCUUCGGCGCCUUGAGCGAGGUCGAGGUCAACUUCCUCAGCCAGGACCGCUACAUGUACGAGCAUCGCGGGUGGUAUGUGCGCGAGAUGCGUCUGCGAGGGUACCAGCAGCUGCUCCAGUCGUACCGUGUCGUCGGCCUGGAGAGCAUGGCCAAGGACUUUGGCGUCACUGUUGACUUCCUCGACAAGGACCUUGCCAAGUUCAUUGCGGCUGAUCGCAUUCCCUGCACCAUCGACCGCGUCAAGGGCAUCAUCGAGACGAACCGUCCAGACGACAAGAACAAGCAGUACGCAGACGUGGUCAAGCAGGGUGACCAGCUCAUCACGAAGCUGCAAAAGUAUGGUCAGUCAGUCAGGCUGAGGGGCAGCGAGCGUGGUUGAAAGUUGCCGUAGUAGUGGACGUGGAUUAGCAUAGGACACUGUAGAUUUAGACCAUGUCAGCAGCCAGGCGGCUGAACGAAUGCAAAAACUCAUGUGAACAAACC